GGUUGGCUGGCCAGCCCAGCCCCUUGGUCGAACUCCUGGUUGAAGGGACAAUUUACAUAUUAGGCUUUUAUUAUUUAGGAGAUAUAUAUAUAUAUAUAUUAAAAGUCCCCUUCUCCUCAAGGGAAGGGUCAGAGGUUCUGCUCAUCCCUCACCCCAACCACCACCUUAGUCUCUGAGCUGCCCUGGAGCCCCCAGGAGCUCUGCUCUGCACUGGGUGUGGCAGGGCCAGCCAUCUCCUUAAAAGCAAACCCGGGGAGAGAGAGCUGUAGGAAUCUUACAGAGUAUGACCAGUUCCCUCCUGUUGGAAGGUAUUGUUGCCCUAGGCGAGGCUGCUGGGUUUAAAAAGAGCUGGAACCCACCAAGCUGAACACAGCCCCAGCGGCCUCCUCAAACCUGCUCUGCGCACCCUGCCCUCAGGUGAGCUCAGGAGAACUGGCUCUCAGGAAUUCCAGGGCGUGAGAGGAAGUGAGAGGCAGGCUAGUCUAAAGGAGGGCCAGCUUCAGAGACUGCUCAGAGGACACACCCCUGCCUUCAGAGGCAGCACGCUAAAGGCCAACCCUUCAUGGCAGUAGGACCUAGCCCUGCCCUGCAGCUGUGACAUGGAGGGAGUGACCUGGGGCCUUCUCCUUGUGCUGGCAGGCCUGCCGGCCUUAGAAGCCAAUGACCUGAUUGAUAAAGACAGUUCCUUCUCUUAUGACUGGGAGGCCCUGCAGCUGGGCGGGAUGAUCUGCGCUGCGCUCCUGUGCAUAGCUGGAAUCUUGUUUGCCCUGAGUGGCAAGUGCAAAUGCAAGCACAAUCGCAAGCACAGCCCCUUAUCUGAGAAAGCUGUUCCAUUCAUCACUCCAGGCUCUGCCAGUACCUGCUGAGCACAGGACCAGCUUCGUGGGACCACCAGGGCCAGCUCCCUUGCUGCUCCCUCCCCACUUGGGGGCCUUAGGCUCCUUCUGAUCAGGAGGCUACUCAAAGCUUAUUUCCAAAUUAAACUGGUCUCACACCU